AUGCGAGAUAAUCUCCUUAUCGUGAUUACUUUCCCAACUAUUAAGUCAAACUGUAGUUUUGGUGUCAAAACGCCGUGUCGUCUAUUAUUUCGCGAAUCACCCGCAAGUGAUCCGCGAGUUUACUAUUGGUCCACAGACGGUGGCCUGGGAGGUGAGACACGCGUAGUGACCGCCGUGAAGGCUUCAGACGCGCCGUGGGAUUGGCCUGAGGCCCCGAGGAACUCAACCACUGCAACAAGUUCCCCUAGGAAAGGGCAAAAUAAGGCUGUUCAGGCGGUCUAUGUGAGACGCUUGGGAUUGCGAGACUGUUCGAGCGUAUUGGAGAGCAUAGAAAUAUGUCAACAAAUACCACAAAAUAUUAAACAAAACAUUACUUUCUUAUACGCGUUCAACGAUUGGUCUAAAACUAAUGUACUGUUUGUGACGGCCGGGGAUCGGGUGUACGGUUUGGGCCGUAACUGGAAAGGCGUACUCGGGUUAGGCCACGACAGGUCUGUCACCGGCGACUCACCCGAAGAAAUACCGGAAUUAUCACUGAAACAGAUCCAGUAUUUUGGCGCCGGACACGAGUUUGUGACGGCUGUGAGCCGGGAUCGGGACCGGGUGUACAGUUGGGGUGAUAACACUCGGGGACUAUUGGCCAGGGAUACUCCCAGUGUCGAUUGCAAUCCACCUGGUGAAGUUGACUUUUUUAGCAAAAAUAAUCUAACCAUAAGCAAAAUUAAUUGCUAUCAGUACUCGGCGUUGGCCCUCACCUGUAAUGGCCGGGUGUUUGAAUGGGGCUGUAAUACCGGGGCAAAUGCUGUCCCACUAUCGCCCCGUGAGGUCCACUUUCCCACCCAUACUAACACUACAAUUACCGAUAUUAUAUGUUGUGACGGCUGUUCGCUGGCCAUAACCAGCGACUACAGGGUGUUUAUUUGGGGCAACGAUACUAUUUCUAAGAAAAUUGGCCAUGAUAUUAGUUGUCCCGAAUUAUUGGCGAACAUCGUUCAAGUGGGUAGCAUAAAGGCAGCCAACUCUGCUGGAGCAAUUAGUGAAUCACACAAUAUGACCAUGUUUGAUAUUCUGGGCACUAUCGGAACGGGCGGUUACGGAUCGGUAUAUAAAGUCCGCAACAGGAAUAAUAAACAACUAAGUGCCGACUAUCAUGUAAUGUUGCGACAAAAGGAUCGGCAACAAGUGCUCCGUGAAUCUAGAAUACUGACAAUCGUGCGGUCAAAAUACGUGUGCGACUACCAGUGGGCGUGGCUUGAAUAUAGCACCAUGCACAUUCAGAUGGAGCUGUGCGCCCAGAGUUUGACCGAGUAUGUUCAGAAAAUGCGGCGCCGGCACCGACACUACAGCGCACAACACGAUACAAUCGAUCGUCGGUUUGCUUACUAUCUGGCGUACGAUGUGUUCAAACAGUUGGUCGACUGUGUCGAGUAUCUACACGGGUGUCACGUGUGGCACCGGGAUCUUAAGCCGGAUAACGUGCUAAUCGCCAUGGAUUAUACCUACAAGAAACGUUAUAUUAAGCUUNCUUACUAUCUGGCGUACGAUGUGUUCAAACAGUUGGUCGACUGUGUCGAGUAUCUACACGGGUGUCACGUGUGGCACCGGGAUCUUAAGCCGGAUAACGUGCUAAUCGCCAUGGAUUAUACCUACAAAAAACGCUAUGUUAAGCUUGGUGAUUUUGGUUUGGCCAAGUUUGUACCGCCGGGUGUGGGCGCAGUGGACACGGAUGCCAUAGCGAUGUCUGCCUGUGUUAGACAUACGGAUGAUUUGGGUAAUGUCCGCUAUCAGGCGCCCGAAGUACAGACCGGCUGUUAUAAUUAUUUGGUAGAUGUGUAUAGUCUGGCACUUAUAGGCGCAGCACUGUUUGGUUUGGAUAGGGAUGACAUUAUUGAUGGCAGGCCUGAUCCGGAAAUUAACUACACUAAUAAAUAUAUGCAUAAUUGGCUGAUCGAGAUAAAUAAACUGUUUAUAUCGAUGACAAUCAGCUCGUAUUCAGUGUAUGGACCCCAGGAUUGGCGACAGAGACCGGAAUGUGCGGACAUUUCCCGAAAACUAGACGCUUUACCAAUUCGACCGGCAAUUAAUCGCAAUAAUCGCACAUGCAACUUCUCCAUAGGGAACGGCCAGUUGCACGGCAAAAGUAUUCCCUAUAGGGAGGGUUCCUCUAAGGGAGUCUUA